CGGAUCAAUGACGAAGGAAAUAUGAAGAAGGCAAUAAAGAAAACAUUCAGCAGUAUAGGUAGUCGUCCGAAGGCACGGGAGACCCCCAAAGAUGAGUCUGCAGAAGUAUUCGUUCAGAAGUACCAACAUGAGCAGACUAAGAUUAUUGAGACAAGUUGCAAAGACUUUUUAAAAGAGAUAAAAGCGAUUGGAAAAAUCACAUUUGAACAUGGUGAUGGAAAAAACAACACGUUACUGAUUGAAUGUAGUCCGGCGAACAGAUCGAAGAUUGAACCAUUAAUCAACGUUUUGGAUAAGCAGAUAAGUACUCGUCUGGGAAAAGGAUUUUUAGUCAACGGCGACAGCAUUGUGAAUAGCUCGGGCGAAGUUGUGUACCAGCGUAUACAUUUGCAUCAUGUCCCAGAGAGUGAAGAGAGAUUUUCAGCUUUGACUGAUAAACGCAAGGAACGGUUACUUGUCGCUGCAGUAGAUUUGGGAACAGCUUACUCCGGAUGGGCCUUCCAGUUUUACCACGAAUUCCAAAAAGACCCAACAAAAGUAUAUUCGAAAAAUUGGAAUAGUGGCCAGCAUGUAUCUGCAAAAGCACCAACUUGUGUCCUGAUAAAACCUGAUGGAAAAUCGCUCGGGGCCUUUGGAUAUGAUGCGGAGACCGAGUACACAGCACUUGCUGAACAAAACAAGCACAAUGCAUGGUACUUCUUCAGGCGAUUUAAAAUGAAACUUUACAACCAGAAACUUAGUCGAAACAUGACUUUAACGGACGAAGGGGGUAAGCAGUUACCAGCAAUCACCGUAUUUUCUCUUGCGAUCAGAUAUCUUAAAGAGGACGCAAUGAAUGAAUCAGGAAGACAACUAGCUGGAGGUCUGAAUCCGGAUGAUGUUCAUUGGGUAUUGACAGUUCCUGCAAUAUGGGAUGACGAGGCAAAACAGUUCAUGCGAGAAGCUGCUGAGCGUGCAGAUAUCUGCUCAAAGAACUUGACACUAGCCUUGGAGUCAGAAGCAGCAGCUAUCUGGUGUCGUUUUCUACCGGUUAAAAAGUGUGGGGAUGGGAAAUCUCUGAAAACAUUCAAGACCGGCACAAAAUAUCUUGUCGUAGAUGCUGGAGGUGGUACAGUUGACAUCGCUGUUCAGACGGUGUUGGAAAAUGAUAUGAUAGAGAACAUCCAUAUCCCGGGUGGCGGGGACUGCGGAGGGACAAAAGUAGAUGAAGCGUACAUUCAGUUUUUAACAGACAUUGUGGGUCAGGAAACCAUGCACAAGUUCAAAAACACCUUUAUGGACGAUUAUAUCUUUUUGACCCGAGCGUUUGAAGAAAAAAAAAGGUUUACUGACCAAUCAAGUCGUAACCCAGUUGUUUUCCGGAUAUCUGCCUGCCUGCCGGAUUUAGCUGAAAAAUGUACAGGAAAGAAAUUUGAUGACCUCAUUAAAGAGUCAAAGUAUUGUGGGCAAGUAAAACGCUCUGGGGAUAAAUUACAAACUGAUUUUGACAUCGUGACAAAUAUGUUUGCACCUCAAAUUGAUUUGAUAGUUGACCACAUUUCAAAACUGGUAGAAAGAGAAAUUGCAAAAAUAGAGGCCAUUCUCUUAGUUGGAGGAUUUUCAAAUUGCCUCAUGCUCCAGAACGCUGUAAAGGACAGAUUUGGUGACAGUAAAACAAUCACCGUGAACGAUUCUGAUUUAGCCGUUAUGAAAGGAGCUGUAAUUUUUGGACAUAGACCAGAACUGAUUACUCAGCGUAUAAGCAAGUAUACGUACGGAGUAAAAUGCAAUGUGCCAUUUGAUGGCAAAAUCCACCCGCCAUCUCGGAAAGUGUUAGGUAAACGAGGAAUAUACGAGUGCAGAAUCUGCUUUGACAUACAUAUAUCAGCAGGGCAAUCUAUUGUGGCUGGGGAAGUUCAACAUAAAAAGACGUACAAAGCGAAUACGGAAAAACAAACAACCAUGGAACUAGAAAUUUACCGAACUCUUUCAUCAAAGCCAGUGCUUGUUACCGACGAGGGUUGUCAUGUAGCGGGAAGGCUCGAUCUGCCCUUGGCUGGUCGUGGCCUUAAUCGAGAGGUAGAAGUGCAGAUGAUUUACGGAGGGACUGAGAUUCAAGUUGAAGCCAAGGAAAUGGCCACUGGGAAGGUGCAUAAGUGCAGUAUCGACUUUCUUAACUGAACCAGUGAACAGUUAACCUGCAUGCUAUUUGCAAAGGGUGUUGUCUAAACAGGGCUUUACAUUUCUUAACAGUGGACCUAUGGUACCAAUAAAAGCACAGAAACACGUCUGGACAUGAAUUGACAAUGGUAUACAUGUAUACUACAAUCUAUUAAUGUGCUGUAUUUGGUAUUUGAAGAUUCUUUCGUGCCAACAAAUUCGUUGCAAAACAAAUCCUCAUUCUGUUACGCAUGCAUGACGUAUAUAGGUUUUACUUCGACAUUUAUGAUAAACAUAAACAUAUUUAUUAACUUACUGUGAGUAUUUAAACAUAAUUAUGUAUGUCACUUGUAUAUACUUUUACUAUAGGACUAUUUAAAUAUCACCUUGUUGUUUUCGCAAUGUGGCGUGUUUCCCAUGGUUUCAUGUUAUCAGAUUCUUUUCCCCAUAUUUUCUGUGUUUACCCAAAAUGUGUAUAUAUACUAAAAGAUGCACUCUUACUCCCAGAUAAGAUUUACCACAAUUAAUUAUAUUGCUUUAAUAUUCCAAAAAGGAUGAAUACAUCUCAAAAACAAUGGGCCUUAUGAAGGAUACAGAGAUUUAUUUGAGAGAAAUGAGCAUAAAACAUUGUAAUUCUACCUUAUGAGACUAUAGUAGACCACAGUUAAUCUUUUAGCAUUCACCAAUCAUUUAAUAUUUUUGCUAUUUCUGCUAUUAAAUACACGGUUAUAAUAUUGUUAUCAGUAUAGUCGAAACCCGUUGGCUCGAAUUCCUCGUUGGCUCGAACUGGAUCUUAAGGACCGAUUAAGAACCGAUUCCUAUAUACUGAAUGUAAAUAUUCCCGCUUGGCUCGACAUUUCCGAGACUCGAGGCUAUUUAGACGGUCCCUAGCUCUUCUAGUCAACGGGGUUCGACUGUAAUUAAUAUUUUCCAUAAAUGCCUUAUUUAGUAAGUAGUUAAAGGUUUAUCAGUCAAAAUUGAUGUUUGUUAUACAUGGGUAUGUAUUGAUUUUGAAUAAGAGUGUCACUUUAACCUUGUAUCAUUUAUAUCGCAAUACCAACUCAACGAUUCAUUUUUCAUGAUGAUGUGUUAAAUUAUAUUAUAAAAUAGUUAUCACAUGUGGCUGUGGUUGUUUUUAACAGAAACUAUGUAUUUUCUUUGCAUAUAUUGUUAUUAAUACAUGUUGUUUUAGUUCCCCUAUAUUGUGUUUAAGUAGCAAAUGUGAGUAUUGUAUUCACACUUGACUCUUUUUAUAGCGCAUGCAAUGCCAUAACUACAUUUUUCUGCGAAAACGGAAUAAUGGUGUGGCUUGAUAACGUUUUGACUAUGACAAUGCUUUACCACAUGACCAAUGCCUACUACAAACUAGGAAAUGUACAGGUAGACAUCUUAGACCGAAUUUUCUGAUCUUUAUUUAACCGAGGGGUGGGGGCGUAGGAUCUGGAAGUUUUAAAUAAGGGGUUACGAUCUGGAUAUUCAAUUAACAUUUUUAUACAGAGGUAGGUACUGAUAUUGUCAUGACAGUGGCCUGCAGUGAUUUCGAUGAUUGCCUGUAGGUAGGGAUUUACCCAAUUAUUAGAGCAAACAUGUCCUUGUACAUUACUGUACAUAGUUUAUAUUCUUGAAAGAACUAACCAAGUAUGAAGUAUGUGCUGAAAAUGACGUCAGAAUGCCUCUUUCUCUUUACAUGUCCAGUGUAUGACGAUUUGUGAGUCAUUCGGAACACCUCGGCCAUUUUUAUCGAAAACAACCUCGUAUGUAUGCCGGUAAGUCAGUUUAAGUACAUGUAUUUCGUAUUUUUUUUAAUUAUAUCAUUAAUUAAAUGUAGUGUUUUAGAGUUGUAUUUAUUGAUCUAAGUUUACAUUGAUUGCCAGUGAAGUGUAUUAUUGCAAAAAUAAUAAAGAUUCCAAAGAGUUAAGUUACAAAGUUUAACUGCUAAAUAAAAUUACUACGCGGUCUAGUUGCAGCGGACUUAAACGUACCGCUUUAUACGUCCAAAUUAUCCGAGAUUGUUUUCGAUAAAAAAUGGCCGAGGAGUUCCGUAUGUUUGAGGGUGUUAUAUAUACCCAGUAAUUACCAUGUGAGCUCUUGUUUGCAUAAAAUGCACAUGUUAGUAUCUUCUAGGAAUGAAACAGUAAUACAGAGGAUCUUUACUUAGUACGUUGCAUUUAGAAGACGGCAUACUUGAUGUCCAUGCAAACCUAUAAUGAGCCAAUACCAGUAUAUGAAAUAAUCAUAUUUACGUAUGUUAGAUUUAAAAAAUGUGCUGUACAUAUGUAUAUAAUUGUGCAGAUGUUAUUCUUUGCUUCAAAACACUGUAUUGUGAUCAUAAUAGACAUAUAAUAAUUAAUGUGCCAUUGGUUGGAGGCCU